AUGACCCGCGCCGCUGUCUCCGGCAUGUCUCGAGCUGUUAUCCGCAGCCUCCGUCUCCCCUCUGCUGCCCCUUCCUCAGCUACGUCGUCAAGGAGAUCGCUUCUUUCCAACACCCACAGCUGUCUCCGUCCCACGAAGCCGUUUACCAUCCAGAGCCGGAGAUUCCUCACCACAACGUCCAAGACGGCCCGCGGCAUAAUGCCUGACACCGACGAGCCCCGGAGAAAAGACGAACCUGCAGAGACCGAAGUACACAAGAACGUCGCCACGCUCACCGAGGGCCAAUACCAUGAACUGGCCGACACAUACCUUGACGUCGUGGUGACCAAGCUGGAAGACCUGCAGGAAGUGCGCGAAGGUCUAGAUGUCGAAUACGCUAAUGGUGUUCUCACCUUGACUGUCCCAGAAAUAGGGACCUAUGUGCUCAACAAACAGCCGUUUAAUAAACAGAUCUGGCUCUCGUCCCCCAUCUCCGGCCCCAAGCGCUACGACUGGGUUGUCCUGGGCGAGGGCCAGAACGAGAAGGAGGACACCGCCUCGGGAAAUUGGAUCUACGCCCGCGACGGGUCGACCCUCGAUGAAGUGUUCAUGAAGGAGCUGAACGUUGAUCCCAGCCCGGAACCGUCGUCCUAUGGUGCCUAG